AUGUACUUUCUUAGUGUUGAUGACGAAAAAAGCAACAACAGUGCAGAUAAUAUUGGCACAUCUAGCUAUGUAUUAAAGUCAGGAACCAUGGUCAAAGUGAACUUCUGUGCCAUGCUAUUGCGUAGGCUUAUGUGACCGUUUGCUGCUUCACUUUUCUCGUGUUUGUAAUUAUUAGAUAAGAAAUAGCGGAGCCGGUGAAUAUACUUUGCAAUGGCCGGUUAGCUAAAUUGGCUGAAAUGUCAUUCUCAGUCUUGUUGUAGCUCCAUUUAUAUGAAAGCGCAUUGCAAUCAUGACGCUUCCAGCUCUGCAGAACACCAGUGUGCUCUACCGAAGAAUACUGUCGCAGUUCCCUCAAGACAUCAGCCUCGCAUUUGCCUAUGGAUCUGGAGUAUUCAAACAAAAUGGAACUAGCCAAGGUCAAAUGGGGAAAAACAUGCUGGAUUUUGUGUUCGCUGUAGACGAUCCAGUCACCUGGCACACCAUGAACCUGAUGCAGAACAGAAAACAUUAUUCUGUAUUAAAGUUCCUGGGUCCUAGGAAGAUCAGCCGGAUACAGGAAGAACACGGGGCUGGGGUGUACUACAACACCUUAAUACCUGUGGAUGGAAGGAUAAUGAAGUAUGGCGUGAUCAGUACUGACUCUCUGAUUGACGACCUGCUCCACUGGAAGACCAUGUAUAUUGCUGGCAGACUGCACAAACCGGUGAAGAUCCUAGUGCAGGGUGAGAACGGGAAGAUGCGUGCUGCGUUGGUGGGGAACCUGAAGAGCGCUGUGACUGCCUCCUUCCUCAUGCUGCCUGAGAGUUUCUCUGAAGAGGACCUGCUCCUGCAGAUUGCCGGGCUCUCCUACGCCGGGGAUUUCAGGAUGGUGAUUGGAGAAGACCGGUCCAAGGUGGCUAACAUUGUCAAGGAAAACGUCCAACACUUCCGCAUCCUCUACAACAAUAUUCUGCAAGAGUGUCCACAGGUGGUGUACAAGCCACAGCAGGGGAAACUGGAGGUGGAUAAGAGUCCAGAGGGUCAGUUUGUCCAGCUAAUGGCCCUCCCCAGGACCCUGCAGCAGAGGAUCACACGACUGGUGGACCCGCCUGGGAAGAACAGGGACGUGGAGGAGAUACUACUACAGGUGGCCCAGGACCCCGACUGUGGUUCUGUGGUGCAGCAAGGGAUAUCGUCAAUAGUGAAGUCGUCAAGCAUAACUCAGACCGCCAAAGGAAUCGCCACGGCUGGGCUGCUGAAGUCGCUGUCCUACAGCACCAAGAAGCUCCAGAAGAUGUGGAAGGGCUGGAGAAUGAAGACGCCUUGAUCCUCCCAGUUAUAUUUAAGCAAUAAGGCCCGAGGGGGUGUGGUAUAUGGCCAAUAUACCACGGCUAAGGGCUGUUCUUACAUACGUACGUAUGAACGACGCAACGCGGAGUGCCUGGACACAGCCCUUAGACG